AUGACUAAAAUCGAGCCCCACCAUUACCUGGUUGUGCCCAUACAUGUUGGAAACUGUAAAUCACUCAGUAAAGAGCAUGUGUCAUUAGUAGAGAAGAUGGUGGAGAUAGGGAUGGAGAUCCUUCAGAAGAACAAUGUCUUAGACCUCAGCGAUGUUAGGUUUGGCUUCCACUGGCCCCCAUUCUGUUCUGUCUCUCACCUGCAUCACCAUGUGUUGGCACCUGCCAGUCAAAUGGGCUUCAUGUCCCGCCUCUUCUACAGACCCAACUCCUAUUGGUUUGUCAUGGCGGACCAGUUGAUUCAGCAGCUGAACUCUUAA